GACGACGCAGGCUGCGCAGAGAGGUUGGGGAUUACAUCCCGGAGCUCAGGGAUGAGGAUGAUGAGGGGCGAUUGCGACAGCAGCAGAGAGAGAGUGAGCAGCCAGAGAUUCCACGCAGGCCUAGGACAGGCAGGCGCAGAGGACAUCAGGAUCGAGGGGAUGAUUUGAAGGAGAGGGAUCAGGUGCUGGCUAGUGAUGUUGGGAAGGUGCUCCCCACAUAUGAUACACGGUUAAGAACAACUACCCCAUGCCUCGUUCCGAUGAGCUGUUUGACCGCCUAGCAGGCAACCGCUUCUUUACGAAGAUUGAUCUUCGUAGCGGUUACCAUCAGAUCCACGUCGCUGCAGCCGACCAGCCGAAAACAGCGUUCCGAUCGCGCUUCGGCCACUACGAGUUCACUGUGAUGCCAUUCGGCCUCACCAACGCACCCGCUACCUUCCAGAGGGCGAUGAACGACAUCUUUAGGGACAUCCUGGAGCAGUACGUUCUCGUCUACCUCGACGAUAUCCUGAUCUACAGUCGUACCCUUGAGGAGCACCUCAGACACCUCCGCGACGUCCUUGACCACUUGCGCAGACAUGGCUUCUACGCCAAGCUGAGCAAGUGCCGCUUUGCCCAGCACAAAGUGAAUUUCUUAAGACACUACGUGUCUGACCAGGGUCUCCACAUGGACGACGCGAAGAUCACUGCUAUUGCGGACUGGCCCGUCCCUACAUCCGCCAAGCACCUUCGCAGCUUCCUAGGCCUUACUAGCUACUAUAGUAAUUUCAUCCAGAGAUACGCUAGGUAUUCCUACGUCCUUACCUCCACCCUCCUCCGGAAGAACCCACCCUGGGCUUGGACACCCCUCCACGAGGACGCCUUCCGCGCCCUAAAAAAGGCGGUGACAUGCGCACCGGUUCUUCACCUACCCGAUUUUGAUUGCCCUUUUAUCCUUACCACCGAUGCGUCAGACUUUGCCGUAGGAUUAAUGCUUUCUCAGAUCUUCCCCUCCUCUCCUGAUUCCUUUCAUCCUCGUAUCCCUCGCUUCCCAUCACCUACCCCUACCACUGCUUUCCGACUGACGCAUACUCGUCUAGCUACCGACGAACCUUCUAUUGACUAUUCUCCUACCAUCGUCGAGGAUGACACUGUCGAGUCUCGCUCAGGUGAUUGUCCGAUAUCAUUCUACUCCCGUCAGCUCCUGCCCGCCGAGAUAAACUACACUGCUGAUGAACGUGAGAUUCUCGCAGUAGUUUAUGCCGCUCGGCACUGGCGUCACUACCUGCACGGGGCACCAUUCACGGUGCGUACGGACAACUCUGUUGUCCAGGCUUUUCUGACAAAAUCGAAGUUCACUCCUCGACAGGCUAGCUGGUGGCGCGACCUAUCCGAGUUUAGUUUCACCACUGAGCACAUCAAGGGUGAGACUAAUCGGGUCGCAAAUGCCUUAUCCCGGCGCCCUGACCACGACCAUUUGGGGGAGGAGACCUUACCGAUAGGAUCUCAGAGGCACGACGAUUCAUCUAUCCCUGAGAUUGGGACAUCACCAGUACCAGAGACAUGCCCGGCUGAAGUAGGGAUCAGCGGUUGUGAUCCUAGAGGUGCGCCUGAUGUGGAUGAGGGUGCUCAGCCUAUGAUCAGACAGGAUGGGGAGGAGGCUACCCCACAGCUUGUGUUGACGAUUGCUUCGGCCCGGCCUACAGAGACAGAUACCAUGGAGGGAGUGGUUCCUAAUACUGCAUCAGAGAGGCCUUAUCGAUGGAGAGAUACACGGGACAUGGCAUUAGAUCUCCCACAAAGGGAGCUACCGCUUAUGAUAGAGCCUGCCACUUUAAGGGUCCAGUCUCGGUCAGAGCCGGCAGUGGAGGAUGGUGAGAGAGGUGCGAUGGGACCCUCAUCAUUGGACGGAUCGUCGUUACUGAUCGAGAGUCGAUUGGCUGAGCAGCCAACUGAGACUGAGGGUUCAUUGACUGCCCAGCUAUAUGACAUGGAGUCUCCUAGGAUGCAGAUGCGACAGGAAGUAUCCCAACCCUCGCCCAUGGACAUGGAGACAGAGCGAGUUGAGGCCGAGGUUUUGGGGCUAGAUAGAGAGGGUCUCACGGAGGACAUGCAGACCCAGCGAGUGGAGACGUCACCACUAGACUUUGGGGAACUCCACGAUAAGAUGGUGAUCAGGCUAAGGCCAGUACGAAGGGGCACACUGAGGCAGGCACGGAGCAUACCCAGGACGCAUCUCCGACUCAUGAGGAGGAGAGCUUGCCGGAGUCUCGAGGGCCGAUAGGUCACGAGCUUGUCAGGAGGGAUGCAUGGCUAGUCGAGGAGAUAGGACAGAUGCCAUCAUUACAUUUUCCAGGUUGGUUGGCUUUUGAG